GUUACAAGCUGAUUUGGCCUAAAGGCUGGCCGUUUUAGGGUGAGGCAGCAUUUAUUAGACUGACACACAUAACCAUCGCUUCAUUCACCUCGGACAGACGGACUCGCUGGGAAGCUUCAUCAUUUCUGCCGAUUACUCUAGCUUGUGAAAAUGGAGGCUUUGUCAGCAGCAAACACUCAGUUCUCCCUCAACCUGUUCAAGAAGAUCAGUGGAGGAAACGCAUCAGGAAAUGUGUUCUACUCUCCUGUCAGCAUCUCCUCGGCUCUGGCCAUGGUGUCGCUCGGUGCAAGAGGAAACACAGCAGCUCAGAUGAUUCAGGUCUUGGGCUUUAAAAAUCCUCAUCAUUCAGUGGACCAAAUUCAUUCCAGCUUCCACAAGUUUAUGAGUGAGCUGAACAAACCAGGAGUCCCGUAUGUGUUGAGUGUUGCCAACCGCCUCUACGGAGAGCAAUCCUACCAGUUUGUUGAGAAAUUCCUCAAUGACGCAAAAAGAUACUAUGAAGCUGGACUGGAGAAGGUGGACUUCAAGACCAAAUCAGAGGCUGCUCGUAUCAACAUCAAUAAAUGGGUGGAGAAAAAAACACAAGAGAAGAUCAAGGACUUGCUGCCAUAUGGAGUCCUCGAUACACUGACGAGACUGGUCUUGGUGAACGCCAUCUACUUCAAGGGGAACUGGGAGAAGAAAUUCCCAAAGGAAGCCACCAGUGAUGGGCAGUUUAAGAUGAACAAGAAUCGAACUAAACCAGUGAAGAUGAUGUAUCAAAAGGCGCAGUUUCGCCUGGCCUUCAUCCCAGAGAUUAACAGUCAGGUUCUGGAGCUGCCAUAUGUUGGGGAGAAUCUCAGUAUGUUGAUCAUCCUUCCUAACGAGAUGGAAGACGACACCACUGGCCUUCAGAAGCUUGAAAAGGCACUGACCUACGAGAAGCUCAUGGAGUGGACCAAACCAGAAGUCAUGCGUCAACAAGAAGUUCAAGUAUCUCUGCCCAGAUUCAAGAUGGAGGAAAAAUACGACAUGAAGAGUCUUCUGAUCAGCAUGGGAAUGGAGGAUGUUUUUGACACGCAGAAGGUGAAUCUUUCAGGCAUGUCCUCCAAUGACCACCUGGUGCUGUCGCAGGUGUUUCAUAAAGCCUUUGUUGAAGUAAACGAGGAAGGAACCGAAGCGGCUGUAGCCACCGAUGCUGUUGUUGAAGAACGUUCAUUUGCAGAGAUGUUCAACGCAGACCACCCGUUCCUUUUCUUCAUCCGGCAUAAUCCCUCAAAUGCCAUUCUGUUCUAUGGACGCUUCUGUUCUCGUUGAAGAAUGUGAUGAUAAAGUGAUCAUUCUAGA